AACUUUAAAAGUCAUUCUCCAAUCCUUUGCAUAUUUUACAGUUAAAGACAGACUACCACAGAUCCUCACAAAAGCUAUUGAUACUCUGCAUCGACACAAAAAUGAGUUCUUUGAAGAACAUGGUGAGAAGGGUGUUGAAGCAGAGAAGAGAGCUAUAUCCUUCCUUUCCAAGUUACGGAAUGAACUGCAAACAGACAAACCUGUGACUCCCUUAGAAGACGAGCUGCCCGAUGCUGCCCUGUGGAACCAAUACCUAGACUACCAACGUAAUUUAUCAGAUGGAAAUGGAGAACCAAGUUGGUUUCAGUCCCCUUGGUUAUUUGUAGAGUGUUAUAUGUAUCGAAGAAUUCAUGCGGCAUUGGCACAGAACCCGCCUAUUGGCAGCUUUGAUGUAUUUAAGGAAGGAAAGGCUCAAAAUUUCUUUGAAUCCCAAGAGGCUAUUAUUGCUUUAUGCACUUACUUUCAGGAACUUCUUAAAAACAUCAAGGAUCUAGAUGAAAAGCAACUUCAGGGGGAACUUUUUAAGCUACUGCAGGUGUCACUGUGGGGCAAUAAGUGUGACCUUUCUUUUUCGGCUGGAGAGGAGAGCUCUCAGAAAUCUAGUCCUUUACAAUGCCUGGAAGUCAUGGAUUCUACCCAUUUAUUCCAAGUCUUUAACAAAGUCAAAUAUUUGGAACUGAGGAGACUAAGGCCCACGUCCCGUCGGCUGUUGCCUGUUCCGACUCCUACCCGGAGAGGCAAAAACGGGAGCGGCAGAGAAAGGUGCGGAGCCCCGCCGGGCCGGGCCCGCCCCGGUCACGCUACCCGCCCGCGUUGCCAUGGGAACGGAGUCGCUGCGGCGGCCGCCAUGAGCGCCUCCGGGUCCGAGCCCCGUGCAGCCUCGGCCGCCGCUCGGCUCGUUCAGAUGCAAAGUCGCCUCACCCCAACAGAGAGGAAAAUGAAAGAUGGAAAUGCUUUAACCGCUGCUGGUAGUAGAGGAAACGAAGGAAGAACAGAGUCCACAAAGGAGUCUUGUGAUCACUUUCUUUUGGAUAUUCCUGUCACUAGAGAGCAGAUGAACCACUAUCGAGCUGCAGCAGAGACUGCUCAGAGUGAACUAGCCGCACUGUCAGUGAAGUAUGAUUGUGCCCAAUCAGAGCUUCUUGAACUCAGGUCCAGAGUGAUCUCUAAAGAAACCUCUUUUAAAGAGCUGAAGUCUGAAGCUGAAAACUACAAGGAAAACAAUGCUAGACAGGCAUCUCUCCUCCUGUCUUUGCAAACCCGAGUUCGGGAGACAGAAGAAGAGUUGAACAUGCUUGUGGCUUCUAAAAAACAGGCUGACAUGACAGCUCAGGCGGCACUGAAGGAAAACUGGGAGCUGAAGGAGAAACUUCACGAGCAAAAUGCCAGACUUACUAAAUAUUUGAAUGAGUGUGAAGAAAGCAAGACAGAAUCUUAUAAGGUGAGCAGAAAGUAUGAAGAGCUCCUCACACAGCUUUCUGAAUUCUUGGACACAGACAUCAAAGAAAAAGAGAAACCACAGGAACAUUUAAUGUCAAAGGUUUGUGAAAUACGUAAAGAAAAUCUGUCACUAAAAGCUCAGGUUGCUGCUCUUCAAGAAGAUAUCAAUGGCCAUGAAAUGGAAUCCAGGGCUAGUAGAGAAACUAUCAUGAGGCUUGUUUCAGAGGUGACCAAAGAGCAGAAAAAGGCAGCAGGAUACUGUCAAGACAUGGAAAAACUUAGUAAGGAUCUUGACAGUGCUAAAAUAGUAAGACAGAGUUUGGAGAUAGACAUCAGAAACCUCCAAGAUAAGCUCACUGCUAACCAGAAAGCCUGGGAAGCCUCGAAGCAAGAACUUCAUAGUCUGAAGAAAUCUUUCAGUGAGCUGGAUGGAAGUUUGAAGAGCAGUAAAGAAGAAGCCAGGACUGCUCAAAGCUCUUUAGAGGCUUUCAGAGAGCAAAUCGCUACCCUUCUCAGUAGCGGAUUGCUAACAGUUAUGCCCUCUGAGAAGGACAUUUUGAAGAGAGUCCAAGAAAUAAACUGCAAAGAGCAGAGUGAAGAGAGGAUGGUAUCUCAACUUGAAACCCAAAUAGCUAAAUUGACUGAAACUUUGGAAAAUCAGACCAGAUCAUACCAAGAAGCUCUGGAGAGAAACAGAGAAGUUGAAAAACAAUCAGAGACUUUCCAAGAUCAGCUGAAGCACUUGGAAGAGGAAUUGCUGUCUAUAGAUAUGAUACGAGAUGGUUUGAAACAUGAGAAACAAAAAUAUAUGAAAUUUCUGGAACAACUUAAUGAGAAGAUGAAGCUGGAUAGCGUAGCAGCAGAGGUUGGAUUUGAUAUGAAUGUGAAUGCAAUUCUAGCCCGGGUAGAGCAGUUAGUCAAACUGGAAGGUGAUGCAGUGAUUGAAAACAAGACUGUGACAUAUAGCCUAAGAAGGAAGUUGAAGACUCAGAAAGAAAAACUUGAAAGCAAGGAGUUGCACGUGAAACUUCUGAGGCACAAAAUAACACAGCUGGAAGAAGAGAAACAAGUAAGGACGUCACUAGCAAUGGAGAGAGAUGAGGCCAAUCUCACUGUCAGAAAGUUGCAAAAGAUGAUAGAGAGGUUGCAGAAGCAGCUUGAUCUGGCAAGGGAAACAAAUACUGAUCUCAAAGCCAAGCUGUCUGAAACCAAUGAACUUAAGAUCCAGACUUUGGAGCAGAAUAGAACAAUAGAAGAACUUAAUAAGUCUCAAGGCAAAUUAGAAAGAAUGAAGGAAAAAGCUGAGAAACAACUAAACUCUGUCAAAUCAGAACUUACUUUAAAGGAACAGAAAGCCACUGAAGAAAAAGAAAAAGCCAAAAAUACGUUAGAAGCAGUUUCCAGUGAAAUGAAGGUGCUUAAAACAACCCUUGCAGAAUUAGCGAAAAGAGAAAGACGGCUGGCAGACUUCCGAGAGGUCAUCUCACGGAUGCUGGGCCUUGAUCUUGCUAGCCUAACUCUGCCUGACUAUGAGAUCAUUACACGUCUGGAAGGGCUGAUUCACUUUCAUCAGCACCAUUUUAUCCCCUGUGUCUGUGUCAAAGAUGUAACAAGGACAGAAGAUGAGCACUUGGAGAGAAACAUACAGUUUCUUCAUUGAAACACACAUUUUUGAGGAAACUAAUUUUUUCUUUUGUUCUUCCCUGUCUACUAGGCAUGCAUAGAAAAUAGAUCUUUAUUUCUGUUCCCUGCUCUACAGAUACUUACUUGGGCUGAUUUUCAGUAUUCAGUAGAGACUCUGAGCCUAAUGGACAGUGUACAGCCAGCAGCCUAGGGAGGGCAAACAAAAUUCCUGGGCAGCAUAAUAUUUCAGCCAGGAAAAUGAUGGGCAAUAUGUGAACAAUGAAUGGCCUUCCAAUUUCAGUGCAGAGGCACUGAUGGCAUGAGCCACCUGAGAUCUGUUAACAGUUUGGCAAGUACUUGCUGGUGAACAUCAGCUUCAGAGAUGUUCCUUGUGCUUUACUUCUGGGUGACAGUGAUGAAAUGAAGUGGGGGCCAUCCAGUUGCUAUUUCUUUUGCAAAAGGGGACCUCUCUGUGCAUUUUUGUGCAUAAGGACUCAGUUUCAAGACAGCUGGAAAGCUGGCUGAGAGCUGUCAUGGUUUUGGAAAAAAGGGUUUUUUUUCUGCCAUAUUUCUCUUUAGUCUACUCUGAAAGGUUCUUUCAGAGGCUGCAGUCAUAUGCCUGGCAUAGAUAUACAGUAAAAUUGCAUGUUGCCCUUGAUCAUGACACUUUGAAAGUGUUUCUUCUACCUGCUGUCUUCCUUGGACAAUUAAUCCAUAGACCAAAUAAACAUCAGUUCUUCUGAGUUAAUACAGAGAUACUAAAAAUAUCUUCAUCCGUUACAGAAAAUAGUUUCUAGUCUUGAUUUUCAGAAAAACCCAGAUGAUCUGUCCAGAAUUACCUUUUAAUCGUGAAAGCUGCUUGUCUAUCACCCUUUCUGAUUGUUAAACUCCAUGAUUUUUAAAAGACAUUUGAGGAAUAAAUAUCUUUUAAUAGUACAGUCAAAAAUGAUUGUGUUUUUAGUUGUCUCUUCCCAUUAUAUGUUUCACAUGGAUGUGUAGAACAGUAAAGAUGACUUACCUAUAUAUGUAUGACCGUUGUGGACUUCCUACAGAAUCACAGCAAAUGAUAACCCACUCACUAAAACUGAGCGCUGUCCUAAGAAAAAUGAGUCUUUAAUUAAAAACUUUUAAAGAAAAAAAGAAGUAAUUUGAUAUCUGGCUAUGAACUUAGAAUAUUCUAGAUUACUUUUAUUGUUAUAUCUCUGAAGAAUCAUUUCUUAGUGACUUGGGUUAGAAAACAAACAAACAAACAUCCAAUCUUUUGUGUCAUCAGUGGUUUUAGGAAAUAUAAUCAUUUAUCUUUAAGCUCCUGUGUCUACUUGAAUUAGUCUGUUCUCUUUCUUGCUUUAGCAUGCAACAUUGCUUUUCAGGUAGAGUUUAAUAAAAGGAGCAAUGGCAAAAUUGAGUAGGCUUAAAUUUUGGAAAGCACUGCUUUCAAAGUACAAUAAAUUGAAAUUAAAUAUUUUUAGGCAUGCUAAGUUGGCUGGUAGUUUAGAGGGUGGAAAAGGAUGUAGUAAUUUGCUAAUUACUUGAGAAAAUGCAAGUAGUUUCAGUGUGUGUUUUGCUGAUUCUUAGGGCAUUUCUCUUCUAUUAUUGGAAGUAACCAACAAAUGUGUGUUUCUUCACACACAAAAGUAUUAUAAAAAUAUAUUCUAUCACACUGUACAAAUUUAAUAAACUGCAUUAAGAAAUUAGGUCCAGUCAGUCCAGAUAACAGCUGUAACUUUAAUAGUCUCUGUGCGUGCAAAUCCUGACGUAUGCAUGCAUAUUUGGCCAUAACUGAUGGUUAAGUUGGAUGAUUUCCUAAUGUCUGCAAAGAGAUUUCCAAUCUGCUGCCAUGUUCCUGUAUCCUGCCCUCCCAUGACCACUGACCACCGUGGCACCAGCUGUCACCUUCCAGCCCCACCAGAGCCACCAGCAAAGUUCUCCCUGUAACUUCAGAGGAGGUGGGUAUUCACAUGAAGCUGAUGAUAGCAAAGCUUGCUGACUGUCUUCUGUGUUAUGCCAACAGAAAGUAAAAUAAGGGCUUUUUAAUACUUCAGCAUUAAUAUUUCAGAAUAUAGGUAUCGAAUGUAGUUCAUUAAGGACUAUAAGCUCUCAGCUGACUGUUAAUAUUCCCUAUAUUUGCUUUACUUUUGGAAGAGCACUGACAUCUUCGUUCCCUUAUCCAAAGCAAAUAGCAAAAAAAUAGUUUGACACGAACAAAGUUCAGGUGAUUUUUGGCCAAUGUAAUGUAAUUAACCACUGAUCAAAGUUUGAACUGACUUACAGUCUCUUUUUUUUAAGGUUUUUUUCAUACAGUUUGUUUUGAAGGUAGUCUUCCUUGUGGAAAAAUUAAAACAGCCUUAUGAACAUUUUUAACAUUUGAUUGAAACACUUUCUUUUGUAAACCAAACCAAAUAUGUUUAUUAAGGCCGUGUUGGCAAACACCUCUCUUUAAGUGCAUCGUUACUGUUAGUGGGUUUGUUUGUAUCAAUCACAAGUAUGGGGUAAAGAGUUUAUCUUAAUUUCUCUUUUGCAUUGUUAGUUCGCUUUUGCACUUACUGAGAAUAGAUAUUAAAAAAUUGUAACAGGGACAUAUGAAAGGAAAAGACUCCUGGAUCCUGUAUUCUCCAAAGCUUAUUCAUAUGAAAUAGAAGUAUCUUUUAAAAACUACAGAAGCUGACCAUUUCUGUUGACUAUUAAAUAAAGGGAUGAAUGGAACAAAAUGAAUUGGAAUUAAUGGCUUUAGAGAAGAAAAAUCUCUGAUAUUAUUAGAUUACAGGAAGCCAAAUAACAGUUUUUUAAAAAUGACUUAACUGUGUGGAAAAUAGAAAUUGGAAAGAAUGUUCAAACAAUUAUUUUCAAAUGGAGGAUUUCAGAUUACUUUGUUCUUUUGUUGAAAUAAGCGAGAAUCCUGUAAAGCAGUGUUUCUUUUUGGGAAGGAAUGAAGGAUGAGUUUGUAGAACUGUACUCAUUCAGGAAUAACCGAGUCAGAAAUAAAGAUCUGCAAAUGACAAUUUUGCCUGAACAACAACAACAAAAAUAAAGAUGAUGACUUUUUUGAUGUUUAAAAUCAGCUAAUGAGCCAUGAGGCAAAGAAUAACACUUGUCUGAGAGUUGGUAACAAAUAAAACUGUUGAUAUGUGUUUCUUA